GCGAAUAAAUCCUCUUAGCGUUCACUGCUGGCCCUUUUUGUGUCCUCAUCGAUAAAGAGAUAUCUCUGAUAAUGCCCUACCUUUAAGUAAUUUUCCCUGGGCUGCUACCCCCCCGUUUUAACAGAGAAGCCGCUUUCAAUUGUGAAAGCUGGCGGCGAGAGAAGAGAGAGCGAGACUUUCGCUCAAGCUUUGGCGUUGCUGGCGCUCAAUUGUCUCGCGUCCAUUGCCGAAGUCGGUUCUUUGUAGCGGCUCCACUGCAUCUCUGUAGACGUUCCGUUGAACGGUAUAAACGGAAAGAACGCUGUUGUUGUGUGACGCGCGGCACCCGUUUUUGCGUGUGUGCGUGCGACAGUGUCCGUGGGUGUGUGUGUGUUUCUAUAUGUGCGCGCGCGAUUGUGUGUGUGUGAGUGGGAGCCAAACAAAUAGCAAAACGCAAAAGCGAAAAGGGCCGAAAGAAAUCAUAGAGCAGGAGUCCCGUACAAACGGGGGUGGCGACAAACCACUGCUCCCUGUGUAACCACCACCCCCCCCUCCCACAACUCACAACCCGCUAAAUACGCUCACGUAUGCACCGUUAAGGGCGCCAUCCAUUCACAAUUUCCAAUAACAAAAAAAUACAAAAACAACAGAGAGUCGGCAAAAAAAACAACAAUAACCGUUUGACGAAAACAACAACAAGUGAAGCAUAAUUUGAAGAAACAUCAGAACAAAAGGGAAAGCACAAACAACGGAGUCUGAGAAAGAGAGAGAAACAGCCGUCACUGAGUGGAAGAAAGAUAGCAACAGCGGACAACAACAACGGACUCUGAGAGAAAGAGAAAUAAAACAACGGACUCUGCUAGAAAGAGAGAUAGGAACAACGAAGAGCAAACCAAAAAAAGUAGAAUAUUAAAAACAACAAAAGCAGAUUUUGAACAACGGAUUCUGCGGAAAAAAAGGAUUCCAUAAAUUAACGGACACUGAAAAAAAACGACCAAUUCUACAAAAAAAAUAACAGUUUUUGGGUCUGCACCAAUCGUUGUGGGCGUGGCCAAGUGCAUCCAACUGUAAUGUUCCAUUGCCGACGAUCCCUAUUCAUCAUCCAUUCAUCAUUUUCAUACUCAUCAUCAUCAACGUGGGUGCCAUCAACAAAAUGUCCAAAGCGACGGGAAACAUUGGACCGGCGCUAGGAGGUUCAAUCGGUGGAGCAAACGGUGUUAGGACGGAGGAUCACAUAAUAACCAUCAGUACUGCCAGCCUCGCGGAAGCCAGCAACGGGGAAGCACUGAAGCAAUCGUCUGCCAGAGAUCCGCCCGUACACUCAGUUGGGCCACAAUCUGUGGAGGUGCCCCACCACCAGCCGCCCAAAGCAAACAGUGCCCAAACCCAUACGAGCAAUAGAGGGUACUCCCUGUGCCGAUUGUCCCAGCUGGUUAGCUACCAGAAUAACAUUGCGGACGUGCAGCAUCGACGUGGUAGACGCCUCCAUGGACUGCAGUUGCCAUUGCAUCCGUUGCAACUGUUUGGAUGGUUGGUCCUGCUGCUCUUCGGUUUGGCCAGCUAUUGGGUGUUGAUCCCAGCAUUUCAUGCACCGCUACAGGGUCCGCUAUAUGGGCUCAUCACUGGGCUGUAUCUCGUGCACAUUGCCUCACAUUUGACGGCCCUGCUGACGGAUCCGGCGGACAAGGAGCUGCGGCGAGUGCAUCGCAACGAUCGCAUUGUCCCGGAGUUUGAUCGCACCAAGCACGGACACGUGAUUGAGAACGGACGGUGUCAUUUGUGCAACAUACGCACCUCCUCGAGCCGCACCAAGCACUGUUCGGUGUGCAACAAGUGUGUGGGAAAGUUCGACCAUCACUGCAAGUGGUUGAAUCAUUGCAUCGGAUCGAGGAACUAUGUGGCCUUCCUGAUGUGCGUCGUCAGUGCGGUGGUGGCCACACUGGUGAUUGUGGCCGCGGUGAUUGCCCAAAUCGCCUUCUACUACAUCCAACCGGAGUGGCUGAGCUUCUACUGGUGUCGUUCCACCAGCGAUCCGGAUGCCGGACACCAAAUGGAGCCCGGGGACUACAUAAAUCUCACUCUAAGCCUUGGUAAUGGGACCAUGAUGCUGCUGGAGCAGCCACCCGACGACGAAGAACCCCAACAGAUGGAUGAGCAAAUGGAGAACAUUACCAUUUCCACCAUUUCCACCUUGCCCACACUCUUGGAGAAUUUCACGGCUUUGAUUGAGGCAACUGCCACAUCCCAGCCAGGCAUCAAUAUGACCACGAAUCAGACCAUCACACCCGUAGUUGGGGGAAUAGGCGUGAAUGAAACUAUAUUCCUGCUGCUCCUGGGAGUCCUGGGACUCUUGGCAGCCGUGAGUGCAGGAUUACUUCUCCACCUGUGCUUUUUCCACAUCUACAUCUCGUUUUUGGGGCUCACGACCUACGAGUACAUCAGGAAUCAUCGUCAGGCGCAGGAAGCCAAAGCCAAACAGCUGCUGGAGCAGGGUACAGCCGUGGGAGUGGGCAAAAAUGGAACAGUUCACUUCUCAGCAACCCUCCCAGAGCCCCACAAUCCGUCCAAAACGAUGCCAGGUGGUCAGCAGCUCUACUGUUUCUCCAAGGCGCCACAUCCCAACCAGCAGCAGCAACAGGAGGCGGCUCUCUGCGCGGGACAAACGGAGCAAUCGAUGCGGAUGCAUUGCUGUGCCAGCUCCAGGGAGUUCCAUCAGUCGCGGCAGGCCAUCUACCUCUGCUCCCUGCUGGAGGAGCGGACCAGCGCCACCAGUCACCAUCCUCCUCUGCAGGACUCUCUGAGCAGCUUCCAUUGUUGCUCCAGUUUUGCGGCCAGCUCCCUGCAGCGUCGCGUGAGUGUGGCCAAGGGCUCACUGAUCUCUGGAGAGCUGCGACCCCAGCGUCCAGCCACGUAUCUGCAGUACACGGAACAGUGCACACUCUGCACCUUUCGCCUGAGACGUGAAGGAGCAGCAGCAGGCGCACCCAGCAGUGCGGGGGGAAGCAGCAGCACGAGGACUCUGUCCAGUCAAGCAGGUGUUUCCUCCGCAUCGGCUAAUGGGGCGGCAGGGAACAUCUCCAAACAUCAGCGCUGGCGCAGGAAAUGGAACUGCUGUGCCAGUGUCCCGGACAGUCCCGAUGUACCCAAUGAUCUCCUGGCGGCUCUGACCUUCAGAGAGCGCGAGAAUGCUGAAGCGGCGGCCAAGCUGAAUGCCCAAGAGCUGCCAAUACAAUUUAUACGAACUCUGAAUGGGGGCAUGGAUCAUCCGGAGGUGGAACUGCCUGUGAAGACAACGACAACGACGCCGCCGCGCAGCUCUCGAUUGCGGCACAUGCUGCGCCUCCUGGGACGCUAUAGAAGGCCCCGAUGUCGCCAUCAUGGAGGAGGAGCCCACGGCGUGGCGGCCAAGGAGCAUCAUCAGCAUCAUGGCGGGGGCACCAUCAAACAGAAUCAGAUACGUCCGUUGCAACUGCAGGCGGCAGGACGUGGCUACGUCGCCUCCACGACGCCAACAACAACGCCACCCGGCAGUUCUCCGAGUCGGAGCUCCGCAGAAAGCAGCAGCGAAUCGGUGAGCACCAGCAGUCCCUCCAGUGGCUCCAAGAAGGAGCUAAUGCUGUUGCCGACAUCCGUGAUCCGAGAUGAUAGUGUGACAACCUAUACACUCACCCUGCCACCGGCAUUGCCGCCGCCCACGCGACGCAAGAUGCCGCAGGCCAGUCAGGAGUUGGCAGAACUUGCCGAGUCCCUCGGAUUUGUCAGCAGUAAUCAUCAUCAUCCGCCGCCGCAACAUCAGCAGCAGCAGCAACACUUGACACCCAACAGUCGACAGAUGCCCCAUAGCCUGGGGAACGUCUAUCGAAGGCAACGGAGGAAGCAUUUCAUGCGCACUCGAUCGCCCACACUGUCGCCCAUCCAUGAAUCCGGCCUCUCCAAUCCGACAUCGCCGCAACCGCUGCGGCACCACCCACACAGCAGUCUAGCACUCAGCUCUAAUUCCAAUCCGGCCAAAUGUUCGUCCCCACUCGCCAACCGUUCGUCGAUGUCCUCAUCCUCGGUGCUCGUCCAGAACCUAUGCAGCCUGGCAGGCGAGACCCUCAGGAAGACAUCGUCCAAUAGUUCGCUCCAAAGCAUCAGCUCCAACUCUAGCAGCACUUAAAUGAGAUGCAGGGGGCACCCAAAUGAUAAAGGAGUGUGCUGUGGUGUUAAACAGUUCCUCGAAUGGUUUCUGUUAAGUCCUUUAGAUGAUAGUCAUAGUCAUAGUCAUAGCCAUAGUCGACGUCCCCUUGGCUUUCGGUGGAUCCAGGAAAUCAAUUAAUCUGCAAAUAAGUAUCCAAAGUCAUAACCAAUUGAAAUCAAUUAAGGCCUCCCCCAUCGGCGGAGUGGCAGGAAAUUGCCAGUGGAUGCGAUGUGGUUUCAUGGCCCGAAACUUAAUUACCUUUUUUGCAUAGGAUGUUGAGGCUCUUGGCAUAUUCUUUGUUUGAGUUUAUUGAAUGCAUAUCUAAAUUAUUAGAAGUCCUGGCCCGGCACCUCGAGCGCUAAUCGAAAAUAAUUUUAGUUUGUGAGGAAGCUAUGGAAACGUGGUUUACUCUUGAAUGGAAUUUCACCUUGGAAUUUUGCGUUGGGCUGUGUCUUCUUUUGGUUUUAAUUUCUUUGUUUUAUUCUCCACUAAGGAUGGUUAUUCCUUAUUGAAGUUAGGACGUUCCUAACCUCCUUUGGACAAUCCUGUGUCCGUGUUGCCUAAAAUCAAAGGUUGUUUUCCCUUGGAUUUCCGUUUGAGCAGUGCUGCCACAUCGUUUGUCACUAACAGCAUUAUCCCCACUCUGUAGCACCUACUUACUACAUGUCUAUCCCUAACAAUGUUCGCUUAUCCUUUGUCUUCAUUGAAUGACUUUGCAGUUGAAUUUAUAAAAUAUGCAACAGCAUGUGCUGCAAAUGCAGCCAAGGGGUCGUGUCGUCUGUUGUGAGCGGGCAGGUCACAAGAGGGGAGCAGCCAGCAGCUCCCCACUGAUAUUGAUUUUAAUUUUCCACAAAAUUUAUAAGCAAAGGCGUUGGGGUGAUUACGUAUUGUACGGAUGUACGUAUACGAGUACGCGAGUAUCUGUAUCUGUAUAUCCACUCGUAUAUCCUGGCAUCAUCCGUACAACGGAGAGGCAAAACCAUUCCACCAUUCGGGGCAUGCCUCGCCCCAAGGGAAGCAGACUGCUGAUGCUGAUGCUGCUGCAUGUUGCCAAAUUGUUACGCAAAUGUUUUCAUUCGAUUUAAAUUCAAAUGCAGUGACAAAACUCGACAAUAGACCCGAGAGAUACAACAGAUACGAGCACGAGUUCGAGUACGAGGUAGAAGGUUGCCCCAUGCCCUUUCCAUCAUUCCUCUAAACCUAAUUUUGAUGACUGACUCACAGACAGAGAGAGGGGGCGAGAGCGCCCCAUUAAAUAUGCUGAAAAAACUGAAUAAUUAAUGAAAUACAAGUCGAAAAAAACAGAUAGAAGUACAGCAAGGAAAUGCGUCAAAUGUGAGAUUGAAUCGCGGAGAUUGAGCACUCCUGUUUCUAUUCCUUCAGCUGUCAUUCAGGGCAAAAGUUUAACGAAUGGUUGGAUAGAUAUCAGGGUUUGCUUUGACUAGUGCUUGCCAUAACGAGGACGCACAUCAGGAGGACUCCGUCUGGUCCUCCUAUUUCCAGACAGUCCUCCGUGUCGGCUCUCAUGUUAUUGAAACUGACAGUCGAGGCAGAAAGCCAAAUGGAAAGUCCAUUUUUAACUGGCUAACACACACUCUGGGAGGUAAGUGUGUGUGUGUGUGUGGGAUGUGAUGUGGCACGAGUAAUGGUGCGGCAUGGUGUGAUGUGAUGUGAGACGGAUGGAUGGAUGGAUGGCUGGUUUGUUAGCGCGAGAAUUGAGUACAGGAAAUGGCUGCAGAGGAGGUGUUCGACGUUCAAGGUGUGGCCGGUGUGGCAGUUAGCUUCACUCAGAGUGUGAUUAGUUUCUUUUCCCUUUCUCCUUCUUUCUGUCUGCUUAACAGUCAUUCCAAAUCAAUUUUCUUACCCUUCAUCAUUCAGAUUUUGAAUUGUAAAUAGUUUUUUUUUAAUUGAGUGACUUUUAAGUCUUUAAGUUUGUACUUUUGGGGGGCUAUACACCACAAAAAGUACCAUGGAAUCAUUAUUAAGUUUAUAAAUUUGAGAAAACAGUUGAGACAUUUUUUUUAAGAUCAUUAACUUGCUCUACCAUUCACUUCUUUUGGCACAUGUGCCUCACAUUUCAUUUGCAUUCAAUUUACUUGAUUACAAUCCAAUGCACAUUAGCAAAAUUCAUUCAUCAUUCAAUUCCUAAACAAUCUUUUGGUUAAAUUCAAUUUCUAUGCUCUUAAAGUAGAACCAACUCAGAGCAGAUAUGCUGUAAACUUUUGUUCGAAAGAAAACUUCUAUUGUGAUUCUCCAAAAGUUUACCAAAAACUUUUUAACUUUAAAGAAAAAAGAAAGAGGAUAAAGGAAAUGCGCUUUUAUUUUUGGUUUAGUUUGGGUUUUGCUCCUUACUCACAUGGAAGUAAUCCACAAUCUUUGAAUUUAAAUAGACUAUUCGAAAAUGUUUUCGUUGUAAAAUUGCAUUCAAAGUGUUUUGUUUAUUGUAAAACAUUAUAGUUACACAAAAUAUUUAAGUUAAAAUACAGAUU